AUUGGUGGAGAUCCGCUCAUGUGACCUCCAGGUGGCCGGAACAGGGGAGGCUAUGUGAAGCGCAGGGUUUUGACCAAAACAAACGCCGACAGCUCGGAGGCAGAGUCUAUGGCCGAGGCCGUGAAGCCCCAGCGCCGGGCCAAGGCCAAGACCAGCCGGACUAAACCCAAGGAAAAGAAGAAAUAUGAAACCCUUCAGACAGAGGAGUCUGAUGAAAUCUCCCUUCCAAAAACCUCCAAAGAACAGGAAAUCCUUCCUCCACCUUGUGAAUUCAAAGGAGACCAUCUAAAGGUCUUAACUGAUUCCCCUCUCCAGAGUGAUGUCAGUGGACAGAACGAAAGUGAAAUGUUUGAUAUACCACUCACCUCCCUGACUAUAGACAAUGAAGGUUGUCUGACAUGUCACCCAGGACCCCUAAAAGAAGAGGAAGACGUGAGAGCCUGUGUGGAGGUUGAUGAAAUCAUGUUGAAGGAGAGCUCUGGAUACCACAUGGGUACUAAAGUUGAAACCCACAGGAACUUUAUAGAAGGAGAGGAAAAUACAGUGGUGCAAUGUGGACCCUCAGAAAGCACGCUACCAUCUGAUUUUUCCUAUACUGAACAGGAAAUGGAAAAUUUACAAGUCAGAGAGACUCAGAAUAGGGAAGCCCUAGAUUGUUCUUCAGAAGUACUUCUAAAUGUUGGCUUGCAGAGUUCUUAUGAAGCCAAAGAAGUUUCUCAGCCACCUAGAGUGAAGAAACUGUAUCCUCAGUUGCCAGCUGAAAUUUCUGGAGAAGUACAAUCUUUGGUGGCUGGGAAACCCUUGCUUUGUAAUGAACGACUCUACCCAGAACUCCCAUCUCAACCUGAGCUAAUACCAUUUACUAAAGAACAGCUAAAGAUCUUGGAACCUGGUUCAUGGCUGGAGAAUGUUGAGUCAUAUUUAGAGGAAUUUGACAGCAUGGCUCAUCAGGACAGGCAUGAAUUUUAUGAGCUGCUUUUGAACUACUCACGAUGUAGGAAGCAGUUGCUGCUGGCUGAAGCUGAGUUGCUUACUAUGACAUCUGAUUGCCAAAAUGCUAAAAGCCGACUGUGGCACUUUAAGGAGGAACAAAUAUCUGUACAGGGUAUCUGUGCAGAUCAAGUGAAAGUUUCUGGCCAUCAUCGCUACCAGAGAGUAGAAAUGAAUGAAAAUGCACUGGAGGAGCUAAAGAAGCUAUUUGAUGCCAAAUCUGAACACCUCCACCAAACUCUGGCCCUUCAUUCUUACACUUCUGUGCUCUCGAGGUUGCAAGUGGAGUCUUACAUCUAUGCAUUGCUUAAUAGCUCAGCUGUUCUGCGAUCUUUAGCAAUUCAUCAGCAAGGCCGAGCUUCUAAACCAACAGAAAGCUUUCCCUCUGAUCUAUGUCACCUGAAGGAGUGCAUUAGUGUUUUGUUCAUGUUUACCAGGAGAGUAAAUGAAGAUACUCAGUUCCAUGAUGAUAUUCUUCUCUGGCUGCAAAAACUGGUGUCAGUGUUACAAAGAGUCGGCUGUCCUGGAGAUCACCUCUUCCUCCUAAACCAUAUUCUUCGAUGCCCAGCUGGUGUUAGUAAGUGGGCCGUUCCUUUUAUCCAGAUCAAGGUAUUGAACAACCCUUCUGGGGUAUUUCAUUUCAUGCAGUCUCUUGCCCUGCUGAUGUCUCCUGUCAAAAAUCGAGCAGAGUUUAUGUGCCACAUGAAGCCCAGUGAGUGGAAGCCAUCCUCUUCAGGACCUGCAUCUGGGAACUGGACUUUAGUAGAUGAGGGAGGAGAAGAGGAUGAAGACCCUGAAACCAGUUGGAUUCUUCUUAAUGAAGAUGACUUGGUUAUCCUUUUAUCACAGUUUCCAUUUCAUGAACUUUUUCAGCAUCUUCUUGGGUUUAAAGCAAAAGGUGAUUAUUUGCCCGAAACAACAAGACCUCAAGAGAUGAUGAAAAUUUUUGCCUUUGCCAAUUCAUUAGUGGAACUUUUGGCUGUGGGAUUAGAAACCUUUAACAGAGCACGCUACAGGCAGUUUGUGAAGCGCAUUGGUUAUCUGAUCAGGAUGACCCUUGGCUAUGUGAGUGACCACUGGGCACAGUUUGUGAGCCACAAUGAAGGCAUGGGAGCGGCCCUGCAGCCCUAUUCCAUGGAGAAGCUACAAGUUGAAUUUGAUGAGCUGUUUUUGAGAGCUGUCCUAUAUGUGCUGAAAGCCAAAAGACUUGGCAUUUGGCUUUUUAUGUCUGAAAUGCCCUUUGGGACGCUGUCUGCACAGAUGCUCUGGAAGCUGUUCUACCUCAUGCACCAGGUGGAGCAUGGGAACCUGCAGCAGCUUGGCUCCGCCCCCCAGCCUGCCGAGUGCAAGAGGCAGCUUCAAGACCCAGAACAUUUUGCGAACUUUGAGAAGUAUCUUUCUUCCAUGAAUAGCUCAGAAGAAAUUUGCCUUCUGACUACCUUUGCUCAGAUGGCUCAGGCCAGAAGAACCAAUGUGGAUGAAGACUUCAUAAAAAUUAUUGUUCUGGAGAUAUAUGAGGUGUCUUACGUCAGCCUCUCCACCAGAGAGACUUUUUCAAAAGUUGGUCGAGAACUUUUGGGGGCCAUCACAGCUGUUCACCCUGAGAUCAUUUCUUUCCUUUUGGACAGAGUUCAAGAGACCAUCGACCAGGUUGGAGUGGUUUCUUUAUACUUGUUUAAAGAGUUGCCUUUGUAUCUUUGGCAACCUUCUGCCUCUGAGAUAGCUGUGAUUUGGGACUGGUUAUUGAAUCAUAACCUGACAACAGUGAAGAAUAAACUGGCCUGUGUCAUUCUAGAAGGACUGAAUUGGGGAUUUGCUGAGCAGGGUACCCUUCAUCUGGAUCAAGCAGUCCAUGCUGAUGUGGCCUUAAUGGUUCUUGAAGCUUAUCAGAAGUAUCUUGCACAGAAACCGUAUGCUGGGCUUAUUUCUGAAAGUAUGAAGCAGGUUUCCUAUUUGGCCAGUAUCGUUCGAUACGGAGAAACUCCUGAGACCUCAUUUAACCAAUGGGCUUGGAAUUUGAUCUUGAGGUUAAAACUGCAUAAAAACGAUUAUGGAAUGCAACAGAAAUGUCCAGCUGUUCCCUUCUCCAGCACUGUGCCUGACAUGACAGAGUCACCCAUGUUUCAUCCUCUCCUGAAGGCGGUGAAAGCAGGCAUGCCCAUUGGCUGUUACCUUGCCUUAUCCAUGACGACUGUGGGCCACAGCAUUGUGAAAUUCUGUGUAGAGGGCAUCCCACUGUUAGGAACUCUGAUCCAGUCGAGGCAUUUGAGAACGGUGGUGCAUGUCCUGGAUAAGAUUCUGCCUUUGUUCUACCCUUGCCAGUGUUACCUUCUGAAGAAUGAACAGUUUUUGUCACACCUUCUUCUGUUCCUACACUUGGACAGCGGUGUACCUCAGGGUGUCACUCAGCAGGUCACCCACAAAGUGGCACAGCAUCUAGCAGGAGCCAGCCAUGGGGAGAACGUGAAGCUUCUCAACAGCAUGAUCCAGGCACACAUAUCUGUAAGCACUCAGCCCAAUGAAGUGGGUCCUGUUGCUGUGUUGGAGUUCUGGGUUCAGGCGCUCAUAAGCCAGCACCUUUGGUACCGAGAACAGCCCAUCCUCUUCCUCAUGGAUAACUUGUGUAAAACAGCUUUUCAGCUGAUGCAGGAAGACUGUGUACAGAAAUUACUCUACCAGCAACAUAAGAAUGCUUUGGGUUACCACUGUGACCGGAGUCUGCUGUCUUCUUUGGUGAGCUGGAUCGUGGCAGGCAACAUCACUCCUUCCUUUAUGGAGGGCCUGGCCACACCCACUCAGGUCUGGUUUGCGUGGACCGUGCUGAACAUGGAAUCCAUCUUUGAAGAAGACUCCCAGCUCCGAAGAGUUGUUGAGGGUGAACUGGUGAUGAACUCUGCUUUUACCCCUGACCAAGCUCUGAAGAAAGCCCAGGCUCAGCUGAAGCUCCCCAUUGUCCCAUCCCUGCAGAGGCUGCUGAUUUACCGCUGGGCCCAUCAGGCUCUGGUCACGCCUUCAGAUCACCCACUCCUGCCACUCAUUUGGCAGAAGUUCUUCCUCUUGUAUCUUCACCGCCCAGGACCACAGUAUGGGUUACCCAUAGAUGGUUGUAUUGGAAGAAGGUUUUUUCAAAGUGCUGCUCACAUCAAUUUGUUGAAAGAUCUAAAAAGGCGUCUGACUGAGGUGGCUGACUUCCACCAUGUUGCAAGCAAGGCCCUCCGUGUUCCAGCAGAGGGCAGUGAAGGGCUGCCAGAGAGCCAGAAUUGCACUCCUGGUUACCUGACUUCACCAGAGCUGCACACACAACUCGUGAGGCUCUUCAAUGUAUAUGUAUUAUGGCUAGAAGAUGAAAAUUUUCAAAAAGGAGAUACCUAUAUCCCUUCUUUACCAAAGCAGUAUGAUAUUCACAGGCUAGCCAAAGUGAUGCAGAAUCAACAGGAUCUGUGGAUGGAGUACUUGAACAUGGAACGCAUAUAUCAUGAGUUCCAGGAAACUGUUAAUCUUUGGACACAGGCCAAGCUUGAGUCCCAUACCAAACCCUGCAGCUUGUUAGCGCAGCUGGACUUCACUGAUCCGUGGUUGGCCAAAGAAAGGGUUUUAAAUAACCUGCGGAAGCACGAGGUUCCCCGUCCUCCCCUUGUUCUGCAUCCCAUGAGGCCUCCUGUGCCAGUUAUUUCCUCAGAGGUGCUCCUGAGUCAGAAGGACACCACCCAGCUUGUGUGUGCAGAUUUGAAUCUCCUGCAACAGCAGGCCAGAACUGCAGCUCUUCGGGAAUCUCAGCAGGUUGUCCUGGAUAGUGAGCUGUUGGACACAAUGCCCAAAAAGUAUGUUAAUCGAGAAGAGCAGACCACACUACAUUUGGAGUGUAAAGGCAGUGGGGGUAAGAAAUGCCAAGGAGCAGCAGUUGUAACAGUUCAGUUUGAAGGCAUGUAUAAAAAUGAAGCGGUAAGCCAACAGCUUCAUGUUUUACGGAAAGAAGUGAAGCAGUUGCAAGCCGAAGCUGCCAAGCCACCUUCACUUACUAUUGUGGAAGCUGCUGUGCAUGCAGAAAAUUUGAUUACUGCCUUAGUGAAUGCCUACAAGUUGCAGCCAACACCUGGGAUUCAGAAAGUUGGCAUUGGCCUUUUCUUUACUGUUGUAGAAUAUGUCAGUGAUGAAACGCAGCGCCAUCCUCCCACAAGACAGUUCUUUACUUCAUGCAUUGAGAUCUUGGGACAGGUGUUUAUCAGUGGCACUAAAUCAGAAUGCAAAAAGGUACUUCAGACCAUUCUGAAGAACAGAAGGCUCUGCUCUCUUUUGUCUCCUUUCUUCACUCCCAAUGCUGCACCUGCAGUGUUCAUACAGCUGUAUGAGAAAGUGGUGAAGUUUCUAAGUGAGGAUAAUAGUGACAUGAUUUUUAUGCUGCUAACCAAGUUCGAUCUUAAGCAAUGGUUAAACACCACUAAACCUCCUCUGUCUGAUCGUACCAGGCUUUUGGAGUCCAUUCAUUUGGCACUUACUGCCUGGGGCCUGGAACCAGAUGAGGAUAUUUUGAUGCCAUUUAAUCUUUUCUGUAAGCACUGGACUUACCUUCUUCUCUACCAGUUCCCUGACCAGUACAGUGAUGUUCUCAGGCUGCUGAUGCAAAGCUCUGCAGAGCAGCUGCUGAGCCCUGAGUGUUGGAAAGCCACUCUGAGAGCCCUGGGCUGCUGCGACCCAAGCUUCCAGCAGGAGGCAGCUUUUGCCAAGAGGGCCAUGCUUCAGGGCUCUUCAAAUGUUCUCCUGUCCGACAAGCAGAUAAUGGAGACCAUACAGUGGCUUUCAGACUUUUUCUAUAAGCUUCGGUUAUCUAAGUUGGAUUUUAAAAGUUUUGGUUUAUUCUCGAAAUGGAAUCCUUACAUGGCUCAUGUGAAGACACUCUUGGGCUAUCUUGUCAAAAGGUUGAUUGACGCAGAAAUGGCCUCCUUGUCUCAUGACCCAUCUGCUAGCAGCAAACCAGUGCUGAGAUUCUUACAUUCGGUUAUCAUCCAGCUCUUUAAGCCAUGGAUCCUGGUUUUAGAAGACAGUGAAAGCAGUCAGCAGUGGCAUUACCCCUGGCUGGAGAGUGAUGCUGUGGUGGCCUCCAGCACUGUGCAGUUGUUCACUGACUGUGUCGACUUACUGCAUGAGAAUUUUAAAGACAAACUGUUGCCAGGCGAUGAAGGAGCCCUUUGGCUGCACCUGAUGCAUUACUGUGAGGCAUGUACAGCACCCAAAAUGCCAGAGUUCAUUCUAUAUGCUUUUCAUAGUGCCUACCGGAAGCUCCAGUGGAAAGAUCUGCAUCCUGACCAGCUGCUCAUGGAGGCUUUCUUCAAAGUGGAACGAGGAAGCCCCAAGAGCUGUUUCUUGUUUUUCGGGUCUGUACUCUGUGAAGUCAAUUGGGUUAGUGUGCUGUCUGAUGCCUGGAGUCCUAGUCCCCAGCCCGAGACUCAACGCAUGAUUGUCUGCCUUCUGUUCAUGAUGAUUCUACUGGCAAAGGAAGUUCAGCUAGUAGACCAAACAGAUUCACCUUUGCUUAGUCUCCUUGGACAAACUAGCUCACUUUCAUGGCACCUUGUGGAUAUUGUGUCAUACCAGAGUGUAUUGGGUUAUUUCAGCAGUCACUACCCUCCAUCCAUCAUCCUGGCAAAAGAACCUGCUGCUGAAUUGAUUGUGAAGCUCCUGAAAGUGGCUGCAGGCCUUUCCAUUCAUACUGAGGGCCAGAAACAUCUUGAUGUAGUUCCAAAAUGCCAAGCUUUCACUCAUCAGAUGGUUCAAUUCCUCAGCAACCUGGAACAAAAUGGAAAAAUCACCUUUGCAGUCCUAGAGCAAGAAAUGUCUAAGCUCUUAGAUGAUAUCAUUGUCUUUAAUCCACCUGACAUGGACAGCCAAGCCCGCCACAUGGCCCUCAGCAGCCUCUUUAUAGAAGUGCUAAUGAUGAUGAACAAUGCAACCAUCCCAACAGCUGAGUUCCUGCGGUGCAGUAUCCGGACCUGGAUUGGCCAAAAAGUCCAUGGGCUUGUGGUGCUGCCCCUUUUAACAGCAGCCUGCCAGAGCCUGGCUUCUGUCCACCACAUGGCAGAAAUUACAGAAGCCUGCAUCACUGCCUACUUUAAAGAAAGCUCCCUCAAUCAGAAUUUAGGAUGGGGCCCCAUCCUUGUGUCCCUUCAAGUUCCCGAGCUCACUAUAGAAGAGUUUCUGCAGGAGUGCCUGGCACUUGGCAGUUACUUGACUCUGUAUGUCUACCUGCUUCAGUGUUUAAAUAGUGAACAGACUUUAAGGAAUGAAAUGAAAGUGUUGCUGCUCCUCGGCAAGUGGUUGGAACGGGUGUAUCCAAGCUCCUCACAGGAAGAGGCAAAGCUGUUUCUGUGGUGGCAUCAAGUCCUGCAGCUGUCCCUGAUUCAGAUGGAGCAGAAUGACUUGGUCCUGACGGAAUCUGUUGUCCGGAUUCUGCUCAUGCUUCAGAACAGGCAGAGCCUUGUGGCUGAGGAAAGGCUCAGUUCGGGGAUUCUGGGGGCAAUCGGGUUGGGCCGGAAGUCACCCUUGUCCAACAGGUUCCGGGUGGUUGCUCGAAGCAUGGCUGCCUUCCUCUCAGUGCAGGUUCUUACAGAAGACCAAAUCCGUUUGAAGCCUGGCUCUGAAUUACAUCUUACCCCAAAAGCUCAGCAGGCCCUGGCUGCUCUUGAGUCCAUGACACUGAGUAAGCAGUAUAUUGAAUACCAGGAUCAGAUAUUGCAAGCUGCCCAGUUUAUAAAGCAUCCUGGACAUUGUCUUCAAGAUGGGAAAAGCUUCCUGGCUCUUCUCGUUAACGGUCUCUAUCCUGAAGUGCAUUAUUUGGAUAACAUACGAUAGUAACACUAAGGCUCUUGAAAAACCUCAUUGUUGUUUAUGUUUACAUUUAACUUUGCUUUGCAAAAAUAAUUGCUCAGUUUCACUGCAGAGCCCAGUUCAAGCAAGAAGUACUUGACUGGGAGCCGUUCACUCGUUUUUGGGUGUGUGAGUAAGUAUGCUUGCAUGCAUGUGUGUAUGUUCUUUCUUAAAACUUUCUGGGGCUUUUUCAUUAUUUUCACCACAAAUGAAAUUUACCAAGUUCCACUUGGGUACCGAACCACUGAAUGUCCCAGUCACAUCACAAGGCCCCUAGAUGGAGUUCUUUAUAUGUCUCCACUUCUAUUUAAAUAGCAGGACUCCUGUGCCAGAUGUGACUGCUUUGGGAGUCAUAUAGAGCCCUUUGUUUUGAACCCCAUUUGUAUUCCAGUGUUAAAAAGUCAACUUUGAGAAUUUCUGCAUUUCUCAAAUGUGGCAGAAGACACCCUCUUAAAAGUAUUAUGUUAUUUCUCUCAGAAGGGAUAUAAAGAUGCUGAAUUAGUGAAAGCGAGGCAUGAGCAAAGCAUGGCCACUUACUCUUGAUUAUAGUGGACAGCAGAGAUGGUGAUGCCUGCUUCGGUUACCGUGUGUGCCCGUAGGAAUCUGGGCGGUGCAGCUGGUGCUCUGUGAUGACGUGCACAUGUUGUGCACAUGUGUUUUAUUUAGUCCACAGGAUGGUGAGUGCAGACAGGGUCGACUCCUUCAGCCACCAGGUCCCUCCAUUCCCUGGGGUCUCCCUGUUCAUAUUACUUCCUUGGCCCCGUUGAUGUUGAAGUUUGCAAUCCAUGACAGACACCAGGUUUGCAAUUUGAAUGCCCCACCGUUGAGAGGGAGACCGGGCACUUGGUUCUCCAUUCCCUGCUGAAAUACUUGUCCUGGAAACUGGGCCAGGUUGGGAGAAUUUCUAAAAUUUGACUAUUUUAAAUAGCGGUGUGCCUUCUGUCUCUGUUAAAAUCAUUACCAAAACCUGUCUAUAACUUUGUGUUGUUCUGUUGCCAUCUUCUUGCUCAUUUUUUUUUCUCCAGGAAUUAGGAAUUAGCAGUUUGCCUUCAAUCAACAUAUUUGUAAUUCUGUCAACUCAAAAUGGAUCUUUUUGUUCAGCUUACAGAAUGUGUCUUUGUUUAUGGGUUGUCUUUAGCCCAAGAAUAUUUAUCUAAGAGUAUCUAAAGGGUCACCAACAUCUCUUAGUAGAGAGAUAAGAAUAUAGUUAACAGGAUACUAGUCUCUUCCCACAUGUCCUUUCAGAGUGCUUCCCCCACAUUUGGAAGUUCGUAGGAACUCUUUAUCGACACAAUAAUCCUGCCUCGUAGGCAAACCUUGGAGCUCUGACAAAGAACAUCUCUGUUCAUUGCCUUAAUUU